AUCUAUAUAAUUUUUUUCUUAUUUUUAUUCAAUUCUAAUCGAUUUAUUCUUUUUGGAUUUAACCUAGCAAAUUUUGCAACCGCCACUGUAAAUCAACACCGCCGCUCGUUCAUCCUCCGCAUUGUGAUUCCUCUUCACCAUCCCUCCUCCUUCCACCUUUUGGAGGUUGUUGAACACUGACAAAAACAUGGAGAAACCUGAAAGUCGUCUCAAUAAUGACGAUAUCAGUGAGAAAGAAGCAUCUCAGCUUGCUGUUUUGUUGAAAGAAAUGAAAGAAGGACUUGAUAAUGUUAAGCGGAAAAUUCAAACUUUAACUGCCAAGGUUAAAGCUCAGAGUUCUACAGCAGAUGGAUUCAGUUAUCUUGAUGCUAAAAAUUUGCUGCUUUUGAAUUAUUGUCAAUCCCUUGUUUAUUAUCUAUUGCGAAAGGCUAAGGGAUAUUCUAUUGAAGAACAUCCUGUUGUUCGAAGUAUAGUUGAGAUGAGAUUAUUUUUAGAAAAGAUUCGUCCAAUUGACAAAAAACUACAGUACCAAAUCCAGAAAGUUAUUAAAGCUAGUGAAAGUGCAGCAAGUAAUGCCAAUGAGAAGGUGCCGGCUGCAUCCAAUAAGAAUGAGGACGAUUCAAAGCAUCGUCCAAAUCCUGAAAUGCUUGUUAGCAAAAUACAACCAACCGCCCAGGACGACGAUGGUGACGAUGUGUAUCGUCCUCCUAAAUUGGUCCCUACUACUAUGGAUAUAGAUAAAUCUUCAAAGCAAGAAAGAAAUGCCAUCCGAAGAGAUAGAGAAAUUCUGAAACAAGCUACGCAAAGUGAUUUCAUCAGAAGAAUGGUGAAUGAUAUGGAGGAAAGACCUGAAGAGAUACAAGAUUUUAUGGGAACUAGCAGAGAAGUGGAUAAGUUUGCUCGCAAAUUCGAUGAGCGGUCUAGGCAAGAGGAGGAAAUAUUCAACCGUAUUCCCAUGACAAAACAGGAGAGGAAGAAAGAGAAGUACAUGAAGAAAGCAACAAAUGGGAUGCAAGGCCUAACAGAAAGUUUAUUUGAUGAAAUCAAAGGAUUGCCCUUUGAAGAUGAUACUGGUGAGCAAACAAUGGGCUUCAAAAAGGGUAGUAGAAGAAAUGGGAAGCAUGGGAAGCUGAAGAAGUGAAAGAGGAAACAUUGACAAAAGAAAAUUUAGGGUUCGGCCUACUACAGGACUACUGUUAUUUGGGAACACUGCAUGCUGUUGGAGGAAGUAAUGCAAGGGAGUGUUAAAGCCCGAGUUGGAUUGGUGCAUUCGUCACUCAUUGGUAUUCAUGGUUCUCUUGGAUUCCUAUAUGUAGGUGUGGAACUGUGGCUAAACAAGUAGGGAUUGUAAAUUUAAUUUUUGUUAUUAUCAGUCAUCAUCGAAAUUGGCUCAUGCUUUUAGUUCAUUGAGAACUUGGAUUUGAGAUUUUAGAAGAAAAGAAAUGAUUGUUUAUUGGCUGAUGUAUUUUAAACAAGCAGGGAUUGGAGAUUUUGAUUGUUUCAA